AUGAAGAUCAAACCCAGUACAAUGGUCGGUCUUGAUAUCGUGCGCAAACAUAACUCAGCCCUGAAGGACUUGGGGCCCAACCUGGUGGCCGUCUUCGUCGGCGGCACCAGUGGCAUCGGCGAAACCACAGCCCGGGCCUUUGUGAAACACACUCUCUCCCCGCGUGUCUAUCUUAUCGGACGCAAUGAGAGCCAAGCAUCCCAGAUCAUCGAGGAACUGCGCCAGCUGAACCGUGAUAGCCAAGCCAGCUUCAUCAAGUGCGACGUGUCGCGCCUGCACGACGUGGACGAAGCCUGCAAGACCAUCCAAUCCAAGGAGGACAAGGUCAAUCUGUUGUUUAUGAGCCCGGGCAUUAUGACGACCAAAGGCCGCGACGGUAUGUCUGCUUUCUUGGAGGUAAAUCCCCUCGCUAAUCCAUCCCUAGAAACCGACGAAGGCCUGGACAAGAAGCUGAGUCUUCACUACUAUGCGCGCAUGCGAUUCCUGGUCAAUUUGUUGCCGCAGUUGACCAACGCGGGCACCUCGAAUCAACUCUCUCGCACGAUCUCCGUGCUAAGUGCCGGCCACGAGGCAAAACUGCGGUUGGAUGACUUGACGCUGAAGCACAACUACUCGCUUGGCAACUGCGCCAACCACGCCACCACCAUGAACUCCCUAGCCAUGGAGGAGCUGGCGGCGUCGCACCCAGCCACGUCUUUCAUCCAUGCAUACCCCGGUGGAGUGAACACGGGCCUGCUUAAUAACAUGCUAGGCCGGUUCGGCUCGAAUGCUCUUGCUUUCCUGUUGAGGCCGUGGUUGGUUCCCCUGGAUCAGAGCGGCGAGAGACAUCUCUACGCGGCUACCAGCUCGACCUAUCCCUCGCGAGAUCGCAAGGCUGAUGAUGCCGUGAGUGGGUCUGACGGGACUAAAGGUUCGGGGGCGUAUCUGCUCUCAUGGGAUGGCUCCGUGACUGGGAACCAGAAGAUCUUGAAUGGGUAUCGCAGUGAUGGGACCCGGAAGACAGUGUGGGAGCAUACGCUCGGGGUAUUUGAGGAUGUUUGUGGAAGGAAGGAGUAA